GUGUUUUAAAUGCUGUUGAAAACAGAGAAUUUGAUUAUGAUGGAUAUUAUUUAAAAGGAAUAUAUAAUGAAGAAGAAUAUUUACCAAAAAAAUACCAUCUUGAAGGAUUAAAUUCUGAUUCAUAUUCUUAUAGAAAUCAAAUGCUUUAUGAAAAAGCAGAUGGUAUUCUAAUCUUAAUCACAUCAAAAUUUGAUUUUGAUUAUGAAAAGAAUUUUGAUGGACUUAAUGAAAAAACAAGGAUAACUAUUAAUCUUAAAGAUAAUCCUGAACAAACCGAGCAAAACAAGGAUCAAAUCAAUACUUGGAUUAAAAAUAACAAGAUUAAAAAAUUACUUAUAGUUGGAUCACACGAGGAUGAAAU